AUGGGCGAGCGGGACGGCGGGGCCGCGGCGCUGCGGCUGGAGGCGGCGGUGCAGGUCGCCAGUGCUUUGCUCUUGCAGAAGCUGGAGGACACGGUGCUGAGCCCCGCGGCCAGCAAGGACGACAAGGCGCUGCUGGUGCGGGGAGAGGGAGACCGCGCUGCCCCCACGCCCAUCCCUGCGAGGAUUCGCCAGAUCCUCGCGGAGAGCCUGGCCGAGGAGGCUCUCCCUUUCCCUCCCUCCUCAGCGAUGUGGGAAACACCUUCUGCAGCCAACAUGCAAGAGGAGAACCGGCUGCUGCAGAAGGAGCUGUCGCGCCUGGAGGACCUGCUGGCGCACACCCGUGCAGAGAGGGACGAGAUGGCCAGUAAGCACCAGGCCAUCAGCGAGCGGCUGGAGAAGGCGUUGCGAGCGGAGGCGGCCCGGCGCGAGGGACAAGGCAGCCUGGCGCUGCAGAAGCUGAGGCAACGCUUCGAGGGUGACAAGAAGGCCUACAAACGCAAGCUCCAGGCUUACCAGGAUGGCCAGCAGCGCCAGGCUCAGCUUGUCCAGCGGCUCCAGAACAAGGUUUUGCAGUACAAGAGGAGAUGUGGGGAGCUGGAGCAGCAGCUUCUAGAGAAAACCUCAGAGUCGGAGCCUCAGGAAGAGCUGCGGGACCAAGGCCGCAGCUCCAACCUGGAGAGCACCCUCAUGCACCUGGAGGAUGAGAAGCAGAGGAGUGCCGGUUUGUCACAGAUGAACUCUCUCCUGCGGGAGCAGCUGGAACAGAUAAAAUCUUCCAACCAGCGCCUGGCGGGGGAACUGGAGAAGGCCACGGUGGAUGUCCACCACUUGAGAGGCGAGCUGGAGCGGUACCACAAAAGGGAGAAACCCAAGAGGAUGUUGUCUCCCAUCACCAGAGGCCUGGCUGAAGCAAGGAUAGACAUGGCGAGGACAGCACGGCGCCUCCACACAGCCUGCCUUAACCUGGACUCCAACCUCCGCUUGUCCCAGAGCCACACCGCCUGCUCCCUGGAGAAACAGACCCUGCACGUGGCACGCUUGGAGCAGCAGCUCCGGGACAAGGUCCGGGAGAUGAUACAGCUCCAGAGCCACUGGGAUGGAGAGAAAGUGGAGCUGAACUCCAGGAUAAAAGAGCUGAGCCUGCUAGCGGAGCGGCUGAAAGAGCAAAACAUGGAGAAGGAUGAGUCCAUCGCCUGCCUCAAACUGGACAUCCAGAAGCUGCACCGCCAGGUCUCACCAACAUGGGAGCCCGAGGCAGUCCUGCAGGCAGCACUCCAUCAGCACCAACAGCUUGAGCAGGAGCUGCGCUCGCAGCUGGAGUCAGCCCAGGACGCGCUGCGGGCAGCACGGAAGCAGGCAUGCGAGUGCCAGCGGGACAUGCAGGAGGCUGAGCAGCGGGCACAGGAGCAGCGGCGAGGCCGGGAGGAACUGGCAGAGGCCCUAGAGGAAUGCAAGCAGGAUCUGCAGCGCUGCAAGGCCUCUGCGGAGAUCUUCAGCCAGGAGAAGCAGGCCAUGGAGGCAAGGGUGGGCAGCCUAAAUGAGGAGGUGGACUCCUGCCGUCGGGAAGUGGCCAGGCUGACAGCUGCCAACAUGGAACUGCACAGACACGGAGCCCUCCUGGAGGAGCAGAAAGAGAAGCUGGCCAGCGAGUGGGAGAGGAGCCGGAAAGAGCUGGAGCGAGGGCAGCAAUCCCUGGAACAACUGGAGGAGAAGGCCUCAGCCCUGAAGAAGGAACUGCUGGGGGUGAAGGAGUCACUCAGCCAGGCCACACUAGUCAGGGAGGUGCUGGAGGGCGAGAAGGAUAGCCUGAGUGGUGCACUGAAGAAGGCUGAGGCCACCUGUGCCAAGCUGGAGCUGGCCCUGAACAAGAUGCAGCUGGAGGAAGCAGAGCUGAGAGACUCGCUGGCCAAAAUGGCUGCCUUGAACGAGGGCCUCGCACAAGACAAAGUCAGCCUGAAUGGCACCGUUCUGCAGCUGGAGGAGGAGAAGAGCUUGCUGACGGAGCAGCAGCAGGAACUGGAGCAGGAGCGUGCCAGCCUACAGGGGCAGCUGGAAGAGCUGGAGCGGGAGCAGGCCCAGGUCAGCGCAGCCCACCGGGGCCUUGAGCAGAGCUGGCAGGCAGCAGAGGAGCGCUGGGAACGGCUGGAAGGAGAGCUGCUGGCCAUGCACCGGCACAACGCCCAGCUGCAAGAGCAGCUGCUGCAGGCGAGCAGCCAGGAGCAAGCUCUGGCACAGCAGCUAGCACAAAGCCACCAGAAGACAGAAAUGCAGGCUGCAGCUCUGCUCCAGGCCGUGCAGGAGAAGGAGGACCUGGCCAAGGAGAUGUCCAGGCUGAUGGUACAGCUGACAGCACUGGAGAGGCAGGAAAAAGACCUGCUGGAGGAGACAGAGGCUCUACGGGCUGAGAGGGACUCCCUGGAAAGCAGCCUGUUUGAGGCACAGGAGCUGGCAACCCGGCUGGAGGUCCAGAAGGAGCAGCUGGAAGCAGAGAAGCAGAGCAGUGAGCGGUGCAGGCAGACCCUGCGAGCCGAGGUGGAGGAGGUGCGGGGGGAGCUGGUGCGACGGGAGUCCUCACUGAGGGCCGAGACUGAGGCGCUGAAGCAGAAGGUCAUGCAGGCUGAGCAGGAGGGGCAGGUAGCCUUCAGGGACCAGGCGCUGGCCCACGAGGCAGAGCUGGAACGUCUCCAGGAGGAGAAGGAGAGCCUGAGCCAGGCCCUGGCAGAAGCGAAGGCAGAGGCCGUUCGCCACUUGCAGCAAGAGAAAGAAGAGCUGGUGUCCAAGUACAAGACGGAGAAGGAGGAGCUGGCAGAGGCGAUGUUGAGCCUGCAGCAGGAGCGGGACAGGAGCCUCCUUCUGCUGGAGAACGACAAGCAGCAGGCUCUGUCCCGGAAAGAGGCAGAGAAGAAUUUCGUGUUGGAGAAGCUGGAUGAAGCCCAGAGGGAGCUUGCAAAUGCCAGGAUAGAGAUGGAUCAGGUGAAGCAGGAAGCUCUUACUCGCCAGGAGCAGGAUAAGGACGCGGUGGCCGGCGUCGCUAGGGAGCUGAGGACCCUGCAAGCCCGGUUUGAAGACGCUGUGGCCGCCCACCGGCGAGAGGCCGAGGGCCUGAAGGAGCGCGCGAGGGAGCUGGUGAAGGAGAAGGUGGCGGGGGCGCGAGAGGUUGAGCAGCUGAAGACACAGCUGCGCCUGGCCGAGGAUGCCCACAGUGGGGCCCGCAAGGAGCUGGCCGACAUGCACCGCCGGCUGCGGGAAGGGGAAGAGGCCUGGGAGCGCCAGCGCAAGGAGAUAUCGGAUGUCCGCCGGACCGCAGAGGAUGAGAGCAGGCAAAAGGAAGCACUGCAGAAAUCCAACACGGAGCUGCGAGCUGCUGUCAUGAGAGCUGAGAGUGAACGGAUCAGCCUCCAGAGAGCCAAGGAGGAGAAGGAGCAGAAGGUGGCUGUGCUGGAAGAGGCCCGGGCUGCUACUCAGCGAGAGGUAGGCGAGCUUCGGGCCAGCCUGCGGGAGGUGGAGAAGUCACGGCUGGAAGCGCGCCGGGAGCUGCAGGACCUAUGCAGGCAGGUGAAGGCUCUGGAGAGCGAGAACAGCAAGAAGGGCAAAGAGGCCACUGAGCUGCAGGCCCGGAUCCUGCAGGAGGAGCAGCACCGGCAGCAGAGCUGCAGGGAGGGCCAGGAGCUGAAGCAGAGGGUGGCAGAGCUGGAGAGCAGCCAGGGCUGUGCACACAAAGAGGUCCUGGGCCUGCAGAGGCAGCUGGCAGAGGUGGAGAGAGGGGCCAAGGCCCGAGAGAAGGACCUGCAGGGCAGCCUUAGCGAAAGCCGCAGCCGUGAGAAGAAGCUCCAAGACAAGCUCCACAGCCUGGAGCUGAAGCUGCAGCAGGCCAACGGGACCAGCGACAGCCUCCAGCUGCAGCUCAGCAUGGCCGAGGGACGCCUGCGUGGCCUGGAAGCAGAGCUGGAGAGGGCCGAGGCCUCCAGGAGAGCAGCGGAAUCGAAGCUGGGAGCGCUGCGCUUGGCCCUGCGCCGGACGCUGGGGCUGGGCAGGAGGAGCCCCUCUCCGCACCGGGCAGGCUCCCCAACAAAAGGUCAGCGGCAGCCCUGUUGUGGAGCGAAACCUGUCCCAGCCACACAUGGGCACACGGACUCAGUCUCCCGGGAGGCUGACUCCAUCGCUCUCUCCACAUGCACAGGCCUGGAGAGCACUGCACUCACCCCGGGGCCAUCUCCUCCCUUUGGCUCGCCAAUGGCGGGUGACAUUGAGCCCGACCAUGUCCACGCGGCCUUGAGGGACUUCCUACAAGAGCUGCGGGACACCCAGCGGGAGAGGGAUGAUUUGAGGGUUCAGGUGAUGAACCUGAGCCGGCAGCUGAGUGACACAGAGCAGGCCCAGGAGCAGACCCACGUGCGCAUCCUGCAGCUGCAGAGGUCGCUGGCUGACUCCGAGGAAGGUAAGCGUGGUGCUGCUGGGCGCCUGAGCAGCGUGCAGCUGGCUCUGCGCCUGCAGGACGAGGCCAUUCGGAGAGGCGAGAGGGAAAGCCAGAGCUCUGCAGAGCGUAUGGCUGCGCUGGAGCACAGCUUGCAGGCCUGCCGGGACAAGAACCGCAAGCUGGAGGAUGAGGUGAGCAAGCUGCAGGCCAAGGAGACCAUGCUGGAGAGUGACAAGCGAAGGCUGGAGGAAGUCCUGGAGGCCACGGAGAGCCGGGCUGGCAGGCUGGAGCUGAGCCAGCGCUCGACCGCUGGAGAGCUGCAGCGUGCCCGGCUGGGCCUGGCCGACCGCGACGCUGAAGUCCAGGCGCUGCAGGAACAGACAGUGCUCCUCCGCCGGCAGCUGGCCCACAGCGAGGCCCGAGUGGGUGCCCUGCAGCAGGAGCUGGGCCGCCUGGGCCUCUCGCUGGUCCACACCGAGGGUGUCGAGAGCCACCUCAAGGAGAAGGUGCAGAGCCUGGUGCAGGCGCUGAGCGAGGCUGCUGCAGGGUCUUCCGCCAUGCAAGACAGCGUCUCCCAGCUGCAGAAGGCGCUGACAGCUGCUGAGCAGGACCGCCGAGGGCUGCAGAAGCGGCUGGACUCCAUGCGGCAGGCGCUGGCGGACUGCAAGAGGCAGAACCACAGCCUGACGGACACAGUGCACAUGCUGCAGGGCCGGCUGGCCCAGCUGGAGCCACACUGCAGGCACCUGGAGGCCCAGCUGGAGCAUCUGCAGGAGGUCAUCCGCCGUCAGCAGCAGAGCGAGCAGGAGGCCGUGGUGGCUGCGCGGAGCGCGCGGGGCGAGAGCGGCGCGCUCCAGGAGAGGCUGAGCGCCCUGCAGCGCACCCUCAGCCUCCUGGAAGAGGAGAGCAAGCGCUCGGCCUUUCGCCCGGAGAAGGACGGCUCUUCCCUGAAAAAGACCCUCGCCAAGGCCCAGAUUGCGGAGCAGAUCUCUCUGGAACAGAGCCGUCCACAGCAGCUCCCAGAGCCAUCCUCUCACCAUGGCCCAGGCCGGGAACUGGAGGGCCAGAUGUCACGCAGCACCCAGCUCCAGGCCAAGGACGUGCUGCAGAGCCCCCAUGGGCAGCAUGUUGGGGGUUUAGAGGAGCAGGGCCUUCAGAGCACAGCUCUGGUCACCCACAAAGAGGAGUUCAAGCCAGGACAGGCUCCGAGUGGCUGCCAGGAGGAACUGGGCUUGCUGGCUCAGUUCUGCAAGGCUCAGCCCCAGCUCCCAAAAGAAGCACUGCAGCACGACAACCUUCUUAAAGAGCAGCUGGACCAAGACAAGAAGAAGAAAGAGUCAUCCAUCUCUCAGCAGCUCCGGACAGAAAAAUGA